ACACCAAUCUCCAUCUCAAGACCCACGAGCAUAGGCUACAUGCCAGUAUCGCCCUACAUCAACGAUGAAACUACAUUUGCCAACAAUGUCCUGUGUCCGCGGUAUGCUGACCAAGACCCAACCUCGGCACCACCUUCACCAGCAUCGAUUCAGUCCUUUGACAUACUAGAGUCCAUACCAUGGCGACGAAGCUACAUAUCUUUAGACUCUGGUACAGAGCGCAACUAUCGAAAGCGAUGGCGAAAGUACAGAGCACAAAUCAUCGCGACCAUGCUCUUGCUCAUUCUUUCCACGACUGCACUUACCCUAGGAAUUUCCUUAGCAAUCCAACACUCAAACAAGCAACUACAAUCAACAUGCCUAUCACACUACGGCGGAGACAGAUGCGCAGAUCCAACAUGGGCACGCUGCGUCAUCCGCGAGGGUCUAGGAUAUUGCCAGGGCGUGGUGUAAGAUCUCCCAGUCACCAGGAGCAAAACUUCCAAAUCAUUCUAGAAUCCAGUUCACGAUCACCCUGGAACGACAUCGCCAAUCCCUCGAUAAGCUCCCGUGUCAAUAUGUGGUGUCAGACCGUCACCGUCAGUCUUCAUCCCUUGCAAGGAUCAUCAGCCUCGAACGCGAAUCUGGGGAGGCAGCCAAGGUUACGCAGUCGCGUUCACAAGUCGCGAAACCGCGUUCGUAAGAAAUA